AUCUCAAUCAUAUGCUUGAGUUCCCUUAGUACUAUCAAAGUGCUCUCAGUUCUAAAAGAAAGAUCAGAGAUCAUUAUUGUAUUCUACAUGAAGGAGGAGAAGAUCCAACAGAUUGAAAGCAGUGCUGAGCCAAUAAAAAGAUGAAUAAAGGAAAAAAGAUCCUGAGAGAUGAUAAACAGACGGGAAAUCUGAUAGUCCUAAGAGACAAAAAACAGACAUAUAAUGCAAGGAUCAAAGAGAAAUGUCGCUUAGAGCGAAAUCUCCUGAGAGAGCAUAAACAGAAAAAUACACUCCCGAAAGAGUUUAAACAGAAACAUUAUGCUGACAAUCUUGGUAUUUUCUAUCAAAAACUUCCGAAAGAUUUGCAGGAACGCGUCAGAAGAAUCUUAAAUCUUUUCGAGCUCAAAUGGAAUUGGGAAAAUAUUCAGAAAAAGUCCCCUACUUUCUAUGGGUAUCACAAAGACGACCUCGACAAUGUUCCCAAGCUAAUCAUCCAAGGCUGCAACAAGAAGAAUCAACUUAAAAGUUUCAUUAACCAAGGCCUUGUAAAAUACUACUACAAUGUUCAUCAUAAUCACAUAAGGUGUUUUCCAAGUGGAGUUCAAGACUGUCUUAAAAGUUUCAAGUUUCCGCUACUCAUAUAUAUCACUGCAGAAGUGCCGAACAUAACUCAAAUACGUAUGGAUGCUGCGAGAGUCAAACUGUUCGUCAACGAAGAAAACACCAUUGAACCGUACCAUCGUUGGACUGGAAGUAAUCAUUUUGAAAAAGAUUAUGAAGAAUUAAAAGAAGCUAAUUUCCAAAAGUUACAAGGCGAAAUGAAUGCAUUAAACAUGUUGACAGAUAUUACUGGAAUACAAAUUGGAAGAUGGACAGUAACUUGGCGUGAAAAAGAUGAAAAGCUGCCAGAAGAAAUUAAAGAUCAAAUCUAUAUCCUUAAUACGGAAUCAAAAGAAAAAAAAGAACAAUUCUUGAAUAUUAGGAGAGCAAAAGCGAAGCAUUCUUAAGCUGUGAGGAAUUACUAGAUGCAAGAUGCGAGAGCUUAAACUCGACAAUUAGCUUUAGCUAUAUGUAGCCUUAGAGUUUGUGUGUAUGUA